AUGGGAGGCUUAGGAGUGGUGUGUUUGGUCCUCGUGAUCUUCAGGACCUAUGUCUUCUUCGGCAAGUUUGUUUCAAUUAAGACCCACCAGCCUGACUCUUCAUCGCUGAAGCAUCUAGCCGACCUCCAACCGAAUCAGCAGAUCGCUGAUCGCUGGCAGGCCUUCGCCAAACAGGAGUCCCUCGAGAAGGAGCUGGCUGCACGUACUGGCUCGGCGACGCUGCAGCAUGAGGAGCUUGCCACGGCAUCGCAGCGCAUCGCCGAGCUUCAGGAAGAGGCCGCUUCAACAGCCGAGCGCCAUGCGCAGCAGGAGCAGGACUGGAAGGAGGCCGCCGGGAUGCUGAAAGAACGAAGCCGCAAGUUCAAGGAGCAGGAGGCAGCGAAGCUGGAGCUCACCAAGAAGGCGGAAGAGGCUGCGAAGAAAGCUGCGGAAGAGCUGAAGGCAGAGCUGGCGGCCAGCCUGAGCCAUGCACGGUCCUUGGAAGAAGAGGUGCGUCGGUUGAAUGAAGCCUUGGCUGGCACCGUGCGGGAGGAGGAGGAGCGGCGUGCAGCGCAGAAGCAGGGCGAGGAGGAGCUCGCAGAGAGUCUGGGCGAGUUGAGGCGGCAGAUGCAGCUCAAGAAGGAGCAGCUGGCAAUGGAGCGGGAGCGCGUUGCUCAACUGGAGGUGGCCAAUGCUGCGCUUCGGUACGACUUGGAGCGCAUCGGAGCCGAAGGCGAGGCGAGGAACCAGGACCAGGCCUCCCGCAUCCAACGCCUCGCCGAGGAAGUUGCCGAGGUGACGCAACUCCGGGACCGCAUCCUAACGCUGGAGAGCCUCCAACGCGGCAUGGGCGAGUGUCUGCAGGACUCCCAGCGCCGCGCCAGAGAAGCCGAGGCGAAGGCGGAGGAGGCGCGCCGUGAGCUUGCCGAGGCCCGGCUGCAUGUGCGCCGGCCAGACGAGGCUGCACAGCUGCGAUCCCACCUUGGCCCUCGGCGCUAA